CGACAGCAGGGUAUUUGUCAUGGCGCUCUCAUUGAAGUGGUGGUUUAUGUUGCUUCUUGGCGUUGGUGCAUUGGCCACGCAGGCCCCAAAAGUUGGUGCCAUUGAAGCAGGAGCUGCUGCUGAAGAGAGGGCCUUCACCAUUGAAAAUGAUGCAUUUCUUCGUGAUGGCGAAGAAGUACAGCUACUGGCAGGCUCCAUCCACUACUUCCGGGUACACCCUCAGUAUUGGGAGGACCGCUUGCGUCGGCUGCAGGCCCUUGGUCUAAACACCGUCCAGACAUUGAUUCCCUGGAAUGUACAUGAGGGGGCAGAGGGAGACUUCAUUUGGGAAGGGCCUGCCAAUCUGGAAGCGUUCCUUCGUGUCGCUCAGCGCCUGGGGCUGAUGGUCAUGCUGCGCCUGGGACCCUACAUCUGUGCAGAGCAUGAGUUUGGUGGUUUCCCCGCCUACCUCCUCACUCAAGGCCCCAUGCAGUUGCGCUCAUCGGACCCUCGCUACCUGGCAGCAGUGGACCACUGGUGGGGCGAGCUGCUGCCGCGCGUCAAGCCCCUGCUGUGGCACAACGGCGGCCCUGUCAUCAUGGUGCAGGUGGAGAACGAGUAUGGCUGGUUUGGGCGCGACCAUGCCUACAUUGAAUACCUGGUAAAAGCGGCUAGAGAGGCCCUGGGACCGGAGAUCAUUGUGUACACCACUGACACCGCCACCAAGUGGGCCCUGGAUGGGGGCACUCUUCCCGGGGACCAGGUCUACACAGUGGUUGACUUCAAUGUGUAUGCGGACCCGAUGGACGCGUUUGCCCUGCAGCGGCAGUACAACGCACCUGGCAAGUCACCACCCAUGACAGCUGAGUUCUACACUGGGUGGCACACCCGGUGGGGGGAGCCGCUCUCGCAUUCGGACCCUACGGUGGUGGCAGCGGGGCUGGAGAGGAUCCUAGCUGUCAACGCCUCCAUCAGUCUAUAUAUGGGGCAUGGCGGGACCAACUUCGGCUUUAACAGCGGGGCCAACAUCUUCUCCGAGAACGACUACCGCCCCGUCAUCACCUCUUACGACUACGGUGCGCCGGUCAGCGAGGGGGGGGACACGGACCUGCUGCCUCUCUACAAAGUUCUGCGUGCUGCUUUCGCUCGACAUGCCACUUCUUCUCUUCCGCCGCUCCCUCCCCGGACCCCUAAGGUCGAUUAUGGCCGGUUGCCCCUCCGCCCUGCGGCCUCACUAUUGGAGGAGGUCGCCGCCCUUAGCACGGUCCCGCAUGGACUUAUCAUGACCACCCUAGCAUUCAUGGAGAACUGGAACCAGAGCACUGGUUUCGUGCUGUACACCACGGAGCUCCCUGCGGCGGUGCACGCCGGCAGCUGGCUGCUGCUGGAACAGGUCCACGACCGCGCCCAGGUGUUCGUGAGGGACGGCGGCGAGCGCACGUUUGUGGGCACGGUGGCGCGCUGGGCCCCGCGCACGCUGUACCUCUCGGCCGCCGUCGCAGUGCCGGGGGCCACGCUGGAGAUCCUGGUCGAAAAUAUGGGCCGGUCCAACUUCGGCGCCUACAUGUGGGACCCAAAGGGCGUGGCUGCGGUGCUGCUGGACGGGAUCGCCCUCUCCUCCUGGUGCGUCUACCCGCUGCCGCUCGCCUCGCUGGACGGCAGCAGCCUGCCCGCCGGCCCUCCCCGCUCAUCCUUUGUCGCCAGCAGCGUCACAUACGGGGCAGUGGCCGCCACCGGAGCUGCCAACUGGCGGCCCGAUGAGCAGUGGGACCGCGCGGCGCGGGAGCAUCUGCAUGCGAGCACGCCUUCGGGGCUGCCCGCCAUACAAGCGGCGCUGGAGUUGCAGCAUGCGGCGGCCUCCAGCGUGGACAGCCCCACCCUGUUCCACGGCGUGUUCAACAUCUCGAGCUCUGUGAGCGGUGCCCACACGUGGCCCGCCGACACGUUCCUGGAUACGAGCGGCUGGGGCAAGGGGGUCGCCUGGAUUAACGGGUUCAACCUGGGGCACUACUGGCCGACUGCCGGGCCACAGUGCACACUGUACGUGCCGGGGCCAAUUUUGAAGCACGGCGAAAACGAAUUGGUUCUUUUGGAGCUGGAUGCAUCUCCUGCGAGCCACGAAGUUGUCUUCGUGAAGCAACCCACCUACUCGUGUACUGGAAGCAAGGCGCCUUUCGCAGAGCGCGCACCAGAAAUUUAGCCGGCGAGCGCCCUGAAAUUAUGGGGCCGUCAAAGUGACAUCUGAAAAACUCUUGACUUACUGUUGUUGCUGCGCAUGUAUCAUACCAUGUUGAGGUGAUUUUUGGAUCCUGAACUAUGAAACCAAGGAUACCGCCAACGGUUUCAAAAAGACAAUGCAGGCCGGCCUUCAUGCAUCCACUGAACGAAUUUACGAAGCCCUGGAGCUCUUUCCUUGUGUAAGCUUAGUAGGUGCUUGCUAGUGCAGGGUUGCAUGCGCCCCACCAGGGUACAUGCUCAACUAUCAUUACC